AUGCAGGUGCAGAUGGCGGGACUGCAAGAGAAGUCCCUGGCCUCGCGGUUGGCCUACGAGAGACUGCAGGCAGACAAGGCUGCUUCGGACUUGCGGAUUCGCAAGGCGGAGGAGCAGAAGCGGCAGCUCGCCAGGGAAACGGCGUCAGCCAAGGAUAAAUCGGCAGCGGCAGAGGAAGCACGACGGGCGGCUGAAUCCCGCGUGAGGUCGCUGGAAGACCGCCUGCUGAGCCUCGGGAAGGAGGAGGAAAAGUCUAGCUCCGCGGAGGCUAAGGCGGCAGAGGCGGCUGCGAGAACGGCGAGGAGCAAGGCCGAUCAGGCGGACGUCUUACGGGAAAAGGUGGCCCGUGUUGAGGCAUCCGUCAGAGCCGAGAAGGCGGCCAGGGAGGAGGCGGAGCAAGGGUUGGAGCGAGCGCUGUCGGCGAAGGUCAAGCUGGAGCGUUUCCUGGAAGGAGUUCUGAAGGAAUCCUCGAACCUCGGGACAGGCCAUGCUGGUGUUGUUUUCGAAGGGAGUGUUUGUACAACGUAA